CUUUCUUUUUAUAAAUUUCAAAAACUUGGAUUUUGCUUUUCUACAUACACUGUUUUUUUUGCAAAUUUUAUUUUAAAAUCAAAAAAAAAAUGGCUGAAAUGGAUGGAACUGAAAUUGUUAAUGAAAAUAUACAAUUGAAUGGUGGUAGUAGUGGUGAUUCAACAUCAACAUCAACGCCAAAUGAACAUACAAUAAAUGGCCUUAAUGAUGAUGUUAUUGAUUCAUCAUGUUCUACAUCAGAUAAUAUGAUGGAUGCAAACAUGUCAACAACCACAUCAAGCAGUAAAAAACAAUCGGCGCCAAAUUAUGAUGACAUAUUUCCCGCUUUGCCAAUGGGAGGUGGUCCACCAGCUGGACAAUUUCCUAUAACAUCUUCAUCACCAAUGAUGAUGCAUCCAUCCAAUUCCGCUGUAAAUCACUGCCAGUAUCAAGGAAGACCGAAAAUACGAUCAACUACUGCUAAUCGUGUUUAUCAUGUUUUACCUGAAGAGCUUCGUUAUCGUGAUUCGAGUCGUCGUCAUGAAGAACUAUCAAGAAUUUGUGCCGAUAUUAUGAAUAAAACACGAACAGAAAUUCAAAUCACCCAUUCAAAAGAUGGUACACUUACGUUUUUGUUAUCGGGCAAACAAGAAGCUAUCGAUAUGGCACAACGAAUGUUGGCUAGUGAAUUUAUGGCACAAACAAUUCAUAAUCUACCAAUACCGAAAGAACAUCAUCGAUUGAUAUUUGGAAAAGCAGGCAAAAAAUUGAUGGAUUUAGAACAGGCUACGCAAACAAAAAUUCAGAUACCUAAACAAGAUGAAAAAUCCGAUGUGAUUCGGAUAACUGGUACCCGUGAAGCAAUCGAUAAAGCUGUGCAUGAAAUAAAAUCCAUUUCAAAUGAUGCAUACUCUCGUUCAAUCGAACGUAUUAAUGUGCCUAAAAUUUAUCAACCAUUUAUUUAUGGUCCAUUUGGACGAAUAGUUGAACAAAUUCAGAAAGAAACGGGUGCCAAGGUCAACAUACCUCCACCAUCAACGGACAAAGAUGAAAUUACCAUAACCGGUGAACGAAACAAUGUUCUUGCUGCAUUGGAACGAGUCAAGACGAUUUAUGAGGAAAAACUGCGUCGUUGUCAAACGGUAUCGAUUGAGGUGAAAAAAUCGCAACAUAAAUAUAUUGUUGGUCCGAAAAGAAAUACAUUGAAUGAAAUCUUUGAACAAACCGGUGUUUCCGUUGAAAUGCCUCCAUUAGAUUCACCAGUCGAAAUUAUUGUUCUUCGUGGUGAACCUGAAAAAUUAGCCAAUGCAUUGGCUGUACUUUACCAGAAAGCCCAUUCAGAAACGGAAGAAGAAAUAAUUGUACCGGGUUGGAUUCAUCGACACAUUCUUGGACCGAAAGGAGCUAAAUUUCAAGAGCUAUCAUUGGAAUUUCCAAAAGUUUAUGUUAGUUUUGAAACAGAAGAAAAUCGUAUCAAAUUGAAUGGCCCUAUUGCUGACGUACAAAAAGCAGCUCAACUUUUACAGCAACGUGCAAAAGAAAUUGAAUCUCAGUAUGCUGUAGCCGAAAUCAAAGUUUCCGAUCCGAAUCAUAUCAAAUUUAUUGUCGGUAAAAAUGGUGCAACACUUCGACAGAUUCGCGAAGAAACAAAAGCAACUAUACAAGUUAUAGGCAAUGAUUCAUCUUCGAAUGAAAAUUCAAAAAAUUCAAAUAAUAAAAGUGCAAAUACCGGCAAUCAAUUUGUUCGUAUCGAAGGUUCAAUAGAAUCGGUUGCAAAAGCUAAACAUGAAUUGGAAACUUUGCUACGAAAAUUAGAAAAUGAAGUUACCUAUGAAUUGGUUAUUGAACGACGAUUCUAUGGACAAAUUAUUGGUUCGAAAGGUGAAAAAAUUCGAGAUAUUCGAGCAAAAUUCAAUCAGGUUACUAUCAAUUUUCCCGAACAAAAUGGCCACAGUGAAAAAGUUAUAAUUCGUGGUGCCAAACAAGAUGCUGAACCAUGUUAUAAAUAUUUAUCCAAAUUGAAUCAAGAACUUCUUAUUAAUAAUUAUCGUCUUGAAGUGCCUAUUCUCAAACAAUCCUUACAAUUUCAAGGAAAAGAUUCAAUCAAAAAGAUUCGUGAAGAUCUUGGCGUUCGAAUGGAUGUGCAAAAUGAUGGCGACUUGAUUGUGAUCACUGGGCCUAAAGAUAAAGUGGAAAAAGCUCAUGAACGAAUUCAAGCCCUUCAGAAUAGCCUUUCAGAUAUGAGUCAAGCAGACAUUAUAAUUCCAAGUAAAAUCCAUAAUCAUAUUCUUGGAUCCAAAGGCCGUAAUAUUCGAAACAUAAUGAAUGAAUGUGGAGAUGUUAUCAUAACAUUCCCAUCGGAAAACUCUAGUUCGGAUCGUGUUACGAUUCGUGGUUCAAAAGAUGCCGUACAAAAAGCGAAACAAUUAUUAAUCGAUAUGUCAAAUGAUUUCCAAACAAACAAUUAUAAGGAAGAGUUAAAAGUUCGUGUUGAACAUCAUCGUUAUUUGAUUGGCAAAAAUGGCUCUAAUAUCAAUAAAAUUCGUGAACAAACUCAUGUACGAUUACAAUUUUCUUCCGAUACUAAUAACAAUAGUAACAGUCCAAUAAAUGAUUCUGAUCGUGUGGUGAUCAUCGGAAAGAAAGAAGAUGUUCUCAAAGCGCGAGCCAUGCUUGAAGCUAAAAUCAAAGAAUUGGAAAAAAUAGCCGAGCUUGAAAUGCAUGUUGAUCCAAAAUAUCAUCAUCUAUUUUUGUCCAGGCGAGCAGCUCUUUGCAAACAACUUUACGAUGAAUUUGGUGGUGUUGAUGUUAGUUGUCCAUCACAAUCGGACAAGAGCAAUGAUUGUAUCACUUUGAAAGGCCCGAAAGAAUGUCUGGAAGCUGUUCGACAACGAAUUUUGGAAAUCAUUUCCGAUUUUGAUGCUCAAGAAACGAUUGAAGUAGAAAUUGAUGCCCAACAUCAUCGACAUAUACGACAUCGAAUCCAUUCACUUCAACAGGAGCAUGAUGUUCGAAUUAAAUUUCCACUUCGUUCUAACCGAUCGGAUAAUAGUAACAGCAAUGAUGGUGAAGAAGAUUUGGCGGAUAAUAAAGCCAAUAUUGUUACCAUAACUGGCCGUCGUGAAAACUGUGAAAAAGCUAAACAAGAAUUAUUGACAUUAGUACCUGUUUCGAUUGAGGUUAGCAUUCCUUUUGAAUUCCAUCGUUUCAUCAUUGGCCAAAAAGGUGUUGAAGUGCGUGAUCUUAUGGACAAAUUUAAUGUGAAUAUUCGUGUUCCACCACCGGCAGAAAAAUCGGAUAUCAUUAUUGUCACUGGAAAUCGAACAAAUGUUGAAAAUGCCCGAAAAGCACUGCAAGAAAGAUUGAUAAAGUUGGAAGAAGAAAAGGCCGAUAGAGAAGCUCGUAGCUAUCAGGUUACCGUACAAGUUGAUCCAAUUUAUCAUCCAAAAAUUAUUGGCAAACGUGGUGCUGUCAUUACAUCGAUUCGUAAAAAAUUUGAUGUUCAGAUUCAAGUACCGGAAGCAAAUAGAAAUAAUAAUAAUCAGAAUAAUGAUAAUCAAGAACAACAAUCAUCGCAUGUAAAUGAUACAAUAACGAUCAUUGGUUAUAAAGAGAAUGCUGAGAAAGCUAAAGAAAAAAUACUGGAAUUGAUUCAAGAGCUAAAAGAUAUGGUCACUGAAGAGUUGGAGAUCGAUAGUAGAAUACAUUCACGGUUGAUUGGAACGCGUGGAAAAACUAUCAAAAGUAUAAUGAGUCAAUUCAAAGUGGAUAUCCGAUUUCCUAAAGUGCAAAAUGGUGAAGAUCCAAAUGUGGUGACCAUUAGCGGAGCCUCAAACAAUGUUGAAGAAUGUAAACAACAUUUAUUAGAAUUGGCCAAUAAUUACCUUGAUGACAUUGAUGACCAAUAUCAAUUACCUGCUGAUCAUGAAUUUCGAUUAAAUUUCGAAGAUCUAUCUACAUCUGGUGUUGUGAAAGAAUCGAACAAAGGAUUUGUUGUACGCGGUGCUCCAUGGGAAAAAAAGACUGUUCGUGGUGGUGGUGAUAAUAAAAAUGAACAAUCGCCUGGAUCACGUCAAAAAUUCAUUGGUGGCCAUGGUGUUGAUACAUCAAGUGCUCAAGAUUUUCCUGCAUUUGGAGGCACAAAUAAUGAUUCGUCUAACAACGCAUCAAAAAUGAUUAACAACGAUACCAUGGAGAAUAGUGAUAAUUCACCUAUGAAUGGUGAUGUUACUUUGGUAGGCGAAAAAAAUGGUGAUACAAUAACUAGCAAUGAGCAACCUAUUGUUUGGGGUCCUAAACGAAAUUGAAUUCGAAAAAAAAAUAAA